AUGGCGGAUUUAGGGUCUCAGCAAGGCCGAAAUUAUCGGCCAAAUCCAUAUGGACAAGCAUCGAAUCCGAGACGCGAUGCUGCCUUUUCUGAUAUCUUUGGUUCAUCAGCACAUGCCGGCCGAUCUCAAACAAUGACCUCACAAACCCCUCCUUUUUCAAAUGAACGAGCGCGUACGAUGACCUCCCAUAUCCCACCGCCUCAGAUGCAAAUGCAAAAUAGGGCACCACCACCGCCAGGAGGGGGCGUUCGGCCACCGCCUAAUGGAUACGGAGCGAGUCCUGUCAAUGGCUAUGGAGGUCACCAGGUUCCGAAUGGAAAUAUCGCUCCGUCACACCACCAGCAGCCACCCCAGAAUUAUCCUCGACAAUAUCCUGGGCCUACCCGAGUAAAUCCCAGGCCGGGUCCUCAUUAUUCCAACCCUAAUGUUCCUGUUCCCCACGGUCGUCCCCCGCCUGCUUUGAAUUCAGACCCAGGGCGCUCUCGCUCCAUGGCUAGUGUUCCAGUGAGGCAUCCCCAGGCAUACUCGCAGCCACCGAACAAUUACCAACCUCCGGGCAACUUCAUUCGUAGCCAGAAUUAUAAUUCUAUUGCAAGAACGCCGCAAGGACGACCGGUGCCUGAAAAGAAUGAGGAUCCGCGUACGAUGUCCCUCAGCUCUUACUCAUCUUCUCAUGAACAUGCCCAAACAGCCUAUGGCAGGACCGUACCGACGAGGCGACCACCUUCUGGUCCCGAUCACAUACCGCCUCAAUUACUUCCCGCGCAGGCACAUGUACAACCUCAGAUGCAAGCUCAGCCCCAAGCUUUUCCAGAACAGCAAGGGCAAUACGAAGACAAUUAUCGUCCACGUCGUCCGAGUGAAGCAUCCGUGACCUCAAGAACUAUGUCAAUGGCUUCUACGCUUAUCCCCGAUCGGACAAUGAGUCUACAAAGCCAGCCUAUUCAGAAACAAACUACUCAAUCUACCACUACGACAGCGGUCGCACCAGCUCGCAGAUCAAAGCCGUUGGUCUAUCCGGCUCUACUCUCACGUGUCGCCGAUGUCUUCCGCGAAGGAAUGCCUCUUGCAGAAUAUCAGAAGAACGGGCUUUCCUAUCAGAAUGCAUUCCCAGGCUCAAAGGCUGUGGAUUUGAUCGCUCACAUUAUUAGAACACAGGACCGCAAUCUUGCAUUGCUACUGGGCCGUGCGCUGGAUGCACAGAAGUUCUUCCAUGAUGUGACAUAUGAUCACCGUCUUCGAGACUCUUCCGUUGAAAUAUACCAGUUCAAGGAAACCAUGACUGAAGAAUCACCCACUUCGGACGUCAAUGGGGUAUUUACUCUACUCACCGAGUGUUAUUCUCCAACUUGCACGCGCGAUAAUCUUUGCUACUCAAUUGCUUGCCCUAGGCGACUUGAACAACAAGCUCGCCUAAACCUCAAACCCCAGCCAGGUCUACGACAUUCCUCUUCCAAGGGUAGUCUCCACGCAGAUGAUGAUAAUGAUGACCAGAAGCUUUGGAUCAACAUGGUUCCUAAGGAGGUCUCGGAUACGCUUGAAGACCGAGAGAAGAAGCGUCAGGAAAUCAUUUUUGAGAUCAUGUACACCGAAAGAGAUUUUGUCAAAGACUUGGAGUAUUUGCGAGACUUUUGGAUGCGACCACUGCGUUCAGCUGGCAACACUAGCUUAUCUCCGAUUCCCGAGCAUCGACGAGAAAAAUUCAUCCGGACCGUCUUUGGAAACUGUCUCGAGGUGCUCAAAGUCAAUUCUACUCUUUGCGAAGCACUCAACGCUCGACAAAAAGAGAACCAUGUUGUCCGUACAGUUGGCGACAUUUUUUUGCAGCACGUCCCGCGUUUUGAUCCCUUUAUCAAAUACGGUGCCAAUCAGCUCUACGGAAAGUAUGAGUUUGAAAAAGAAAAGGCUUCCAACCCUGCAUUUGCUCGUUUUGUAGAAGAAACCGAACGCCUGAAGGAGUCACGAAAGUUGGAGCUGAACGGUUAUCUUACGAAACCUACCACACGUCUUGCUCGAUAUCCUCUUCUUCUUGAGCAAGUGGCUAAGAAUACCGCCGAUGAUAAUCCAGACAAACAAGAUAUCCCGAAGGCUAUUGGACUGAUCAAAGACUUCCUUUCCAGAGUCAAUACUGAGAGUGGUAAAGCGGAGAAUCACUUCAACUUGGUUCAGCUUAAUGCAGCCUUGAAAUUUAACCCAGGAGAUUAUGUUGACCUGAAACUCACUGAAGAGAAUCGACAAAUGCUUACAAAGAUGGGUUUCAAGAAAGGCCCAACUGAUAGUUCUGAAGUUACUGCCUAUUUGUUCGAUCAUGCUGUACUGUUAGUGCGCAUCAAGGUGGUUAACAAACGCGAGGAAUAUCGAGUCUACAAGAAGCCAAUUCCACUCGAGCUAUUGGUGAUUGCUCAAAUGGAUGAGGUUAUUCCCAGGCUUGGAUUAGCAAAAAGAUCAUCAUCAAGUCUCAUUCCUGGAAAGGUCAUUCCCACUAAUGCGCCGGCGCCGAAAGAAGGACUGCCAAUUACUUUCAGACAUCUUGGAAAGGGUGGUUAUGAUUUGACAUUAUAUGCCACGUCGCCAACGCAAAGGAAAAAAUUCAUUGAAAUGGUCGAAGAACAACAGAGGAAGCUUCGGGAGCGCAACAGUAACUUCUAUUCCAAAACCAUCCUUUGCGAAAACUUUUUCACAACGGCCAAUAGGGUCAAUUGCUUGGUUCCGACUGACGGCGGAAGAAAGUUGGUUAUCGGUACAGACAAUGGUAUCUAUCUGGCAGAGCGAUGGCCCAAGGACAAGAGUGCGAAGCCAAGACGCAUAUUAGAUGCCACUGCAGUUACUCAGAUUGAUACUUUAGAAGAGUAUCAAUUAGUCUUGGUCCUCGCCAACAAGACUCUUAGCUCAUAUCCGAUGGAAGCUUUAGAAGUCAAUGAGGGUCAGAACCCUCUUGCUCGCCGGCCAAAGAAGAUUCAGGGACACGCCAACUUCUUCAAAGUCGGUAUCGGUCUAGGACGGCAUCUCGUGUGCUCUGUCAAGACCUCUGCGCUAUCGACUACUAUCAAGGUCUUUGAACCUAUGGAGAACUUGGCAAGGGGUAGCAGGAAACCGGCAUUGGGCAAGAUGUUCAGGGGAGGCCAAGAAGCCUUGAAACCAUUCAAGGAAUAUUAUAUCCCAGCUGAGUCCUCUUCCGUGCAUUUCUUGCGAUCAACUCUGUGUGUUGGUUGUGCCAGAGGUUUCGAGGUUGUCAGUCUCGAAACAACAGAAAGCCAGUCACUUCUCGACCAGGCAGAUACAUCCUUGGACUUUGUUGCGCGAAAAGAGAACGUGAAGCCUAUCCAUAUUGAACGAAUGAACGGAGAAUUCCUUUUGAACUACAGCGACUUUUCCUUCUUUGUCAAUCGAAAUGGAUGGCGAGCCCGACCAGAUUGGAGGAUAUCUUGGGAGGGCACACCGAAUGCUUUCGCCUUGUCGUACCCGUACAUAUUAGCCUUUGAGCCGAACUUUAUCGAAAUUCGACAUAUCGAGACGAGUGAGCUUAUCCAUAUCAUGACUGGAAAGAACAUUCGAAUGUUGCAUUCAUCGACGCGAGAGAUUCUGUAUGCUUACGAGGACGAGGAAGGAGAAGAUGUUGUGGCUAGUUUGGAUUUCUGGAACAAGGCUACAGUGAAAUGA